CAGUUUACUUUGCAGCUCUCGCAGUUGAUAAUAAAUUUUCUCUGGAGCCCGUGGAGCGUUUCUGGAGCUCCAUUUUGACCGUGCUCUGCCGUGUUCGUUACAAAAUUUGAAAAAAGUGCAAAAGCUCGUAUUGAGAAUGUUGUUAAAUGAAAAUUACAGAUAAAAUUCCAAAUUUUCGUUGAUAAAUUUACAGUUUUUAAUAGAAAAUACCCCCAAAAAAGAAGCAUCUCUCCAAAAUUAAGUGUUAUGUUGUGUGAAGUGUGGUGUGGCUGCAGCUCUAAUCCAGAUCCUGUGAAUAUCCAUACAUAGCCAUUCCGAAAAGCUAAUAACAGUUUGUCGCCAAGCAGCAGCAGCAGCAGCCAGUGUUGGUGUUGUGUCCGUAGCCGUGUCCGAGUCUAAGCCCGAACCCGCACGUCCGCUAUGAUGCUGGACGAUGACAACUCAGAUCUCUUGGUCUGUGCAUCCGAAAUGAUGAAAGACCGUUUGUAUUUUGUGGCGUUCAAGAAGAACAUUAAGCCCAAGAAUACCGUCAACACGCAUUACUUUAGCAUCGAUGAGGAAUACAUCUAUGAGAACUUCUACAGCGACUUUGGCCCGCUGAAUAUCUGCAUGCUGUAUCGAUACUGCAUGAAGCUCAACACAAAGCUGAGUGCUAAGUGCCAUGCCAACCGAAAGAUUGUCCACUACACCUCCAUGAACCCGGCCAAGCGGCUCAAUGCGGCGUAUCUGAUCGGUUCGUAUGCCAUAAUCUACCUGAAUAAGACACCACUGGAGGCAUAUAGACCUCUGGUGUCUGGCGAAAUACCCGCCUAUACGCGCUUCUGCGAUGCCAGCUAUGGUCCCAGCAGUUUUAAGAUCUCUCUGCUGGAUUGCCUGAAUGCCGUGCACAAGGGCCUGCAGGCGGGCUUCUUCAAUUUCGAUGACUUUGAUGCCGAGGAGUAUGAGUACUUUGAGCGCGUCGAAAACGGCGACUUCAAUUGGAUUGUGCCACAGAAGUUUAUUGCCUUUUGUGGUCCACAUCAGAAGAGCAAAACGUUGCCCAAUGGAUAUCCGUGCCAUGCACCCGAGCGUUAUUUUUCGUACUUUCGGGAUAAUCAUGUGACGACUGUCAUUCGGUUGAAUGCAAAGGUCUACCAUGCCUCGUCGUUUGAGAAUGCCGGCUUCGAUCACAAGGAUUUGUUUUUCAUCGAUGGCAGCACACCGAGCGAUGCCAUCAUGAAGAAGUUCCUCUCCAUCUGUGAGACGACAAAGGGUGCCAUUGCCGUGCACUGCAAGGCGGGACUGGGUCGCACGGGCAGCCUCAUUGGCGCGUAUAUGAUGAAGCAUUAUGGCUUCAGCGCCUUGGAAGCCAUUGCCUGGCUAAGGCUGUGCCGGCCAGGCUCCGUGAUAGGACAUCAGCAGCAGUGGAUGGAGGACAAACAAAGUUGGCUGUGGUCAGAGGGUGAACGUAUGCGACGUCGCAGCGGCAUUCCCAUGCUGCGGCACACUUAUGGCAUCUACAGCCUGGAGCUGAAGACCAAACUGACGGAGGCCUCGGCCGCCUCGAAUCCCCUCGAGCAGGUGGAUCUGCUGAUGAACCGAGUCAAGAGAAUUUCACAGCGCGUGGACACAAUGCAUCUGCAUGAUCAGGACACCGCACUGGACUCGGCUACCGAUCAGACGGACGAGGAGAUCUCCGAGCAGCGACGACUCGAGCGUAACGAACGAGCGCUGUAUCGCUGCAGCACGGAUGAUCCCAAUUGCAAUGGCAGCGACAACGACACAGACACGGCCAGUGCACCGGCUGAGGCCCCACCACUCGCCUCCACCUACACAAUGUCCACGCGUCGGCGCAAGUCCCCGUCGGCGUCCAACAAGCCCACAGUUAUAGCCAACUCGCUGAGGCGUCUGGUCAAUCCGGUGGCCGUCAAUCGUAAUGUUCACAACGUUACCCCACAGGCGACAACUCCGGGGGUUGUCUAUCCCACAGCGGAGGCGGCCAGCUGCACCGAGAAGAAGCUGCGUAAGCAGCCAACUGGCAAUGUAUUUGAAGCGGCACGCCACACCAUAGCCUCGACGGUGCGCAUGACGCAGACGGCGCUGGAGAAGAAGCAGGCACAGACGCAGGGCGACAAACUGAAUCAGAUCAAGGCGCUGCGGCGGCACCAUUCGCGCUCCGUAAAUGUCAACAGCAACAGCGAGCCGGACUCGAACCUGAGACAUACUCGCGCACGUUCUCAGCCCUUCCGGAACAACAACAACGGUGGGUCGACGACGAUAACAACCUCGAGGUGUGCAACACAGACAACAACCUGCCUGCUGCAGGGUACAAUGCCGGCAGUGUCUUCGGCAGCGGCAGCCGUUGCCUUGGCCAAUAAUCUGAACAAUAACAACAACAACAAUAGUACCAUAACCCACAGCAGUACUCUAAGUCCAUCUCUGAGUAAUCAGAUUUAUAAUCAGAACAAAAACAACAACAACAACAAUGAUGGCACCACUAACAAUCUCCUGCCCGGCAGUCGCACCCGCAGCCUGGCUAUCUACAGCAAGAGAAUGGAAUUAAAGCACCUGCGCAAGGCGGAACAGCAGGAACAGCCGGUGUCCAACAGCAGCAUCAAGCCACCGCCAUAUGCCACCAUCAACGAGAGCAAAAUCCCUGUGGUGAUGAUGAGCGUAGGUGCUGCCGGUGCCGGUGCAGGUGCAGCUGGCAGUUCGGCCACCAUUCCGCCCACGCGUGGCAGUGCCGCACGCACCUCGCAUCACCACAUGACGCUGCGGGGUCGCUCGCGUAUACGCUAUCAGCGACCUGCGGCAGGGGAGCCAGCGCCGGCGGCUGCCCAAACGCAGCCCUGUACGGUGGCAACGGCGCGUUAUUAUCGCGAUGUGUCCGCCAUACCCACCGCCAUGUCAUCGCUGGUUGCUCUGGGUACUAAUAGUUCUUCCAAUUCUGCUUCCACUUGUACAAAUUCUACUGCUGGUUCGGGUUGCUAUAAUAUAGCCACAAGAUCCGCAUCCGCCACGCUCGAUCUGAACUCGAAUCCAUUGCCCGCGGCCACAACACAAGGGACUGGUACUGCGGCUGGGGCCAAGUCCAAACUAUCGAACAACAACACGAACAACAACCUCAACAACAACUGCAAUUUGAGUAAUGCCCAUUCUUCUGUUUCUCCUCCACCCAACCAUAACAACCACAACCACCUACCAACAUCCUCUCCAGACACAGGCCGUCUUAGUGGGCGUGGCAGUGCCGAACUGGAGGCAAUCAUCGAGCAAGUGGGCGCGAGACGGAACAAGCGAUCCCUGAGCUCUACGCGCCUGGACAAGGACAAGUGCGACGAGUACAACACGAAGUUGCUGCGAAAGACGAGCAUUGUAGCAGCGGCGGCAGCAGCAGCAGCAGCAACCGCAACCACUCCUGCCAACAACAAUCACAGCCAUAGUGGAGGCAGCAGCAAGUACAGCAGCAACAGUGGCACACCCACAACACCCAGUACGGGAGGCAGCUUCAAGCUAUCGCGUCGUGUGUUUGGUGAAUCGGGUUCCUCGGCAUCCACAUCGGCCUCCAACUCGGGCAUACCCACGCCUACAGCACCGCCAACAUCCACGCAGUGGCAGCAACACCAUGUGGUCCCUCCACGUGUUGGCAGUCGCCUGUCCAGCGAUCGGGAGCGAGAGCGUCAACAGCAGGAGCAGCAGCAAGCGCUGAAGCUGCGCAAGAAGAUCAGCUACUGAGCAGAGUCCCUGUGCCUUCUGGUUGUCUUUUGUUUCACACCCAAACAUACAUAAACCUUUUGUUAAAUAGUGAGAAAUUAAACCUCUAAUUAGAAAGAGA